GGCCCCUGUUGCGCAGUGCUGUGUGGGGUCAGAGCUGGGAAGGACGUCACAGGCAGCAGUGGUGACCUCCCCUCCACCGAGCGCUCCCAGCCUCCGGUGCCAACACUCGAGACAGCCAUGUGGUGGAAGGUGCCCCUGCUUGUGGGGUUCAUUGUGCUGGGAACACAUGUCUGCAGCUGCAAAUUUGUAGACACUGAUAAGAACUUGGAUUAUUUCCCCAGUGCUGUGGAGUAUGCUGUGUUUCAGUUCAAUGAGGACCAGGAGGAUGAGUUUGCCUACAAGUUUCUGGGGGUCCACCGGAGCCAGCGCAAGUCAUGGACAUGGACAUAUUUAAUGGACUUGACGAUGGGGCGUACCGUUUGUAAGAAACACGAUGAAGACAUUGACAAUUGCCCAUUGCAAGAAGGAACAGAAGAGAAAAUGGUGCGCUGCACUUUUAUAGUAGAUGUUCAGUGGUGGUUUUCCCAGUUUACCCUCCUGAACAGCACCUGUGGGGAGAGAAGGUGGUGACAGAGCCCAUGGAUUUUCGCAGCAGAAACCCCCUCUUCGUCUAGAGUGUGACAGUCUGUAGUCCCAGAUCUGUGCAGCCCGGCAGAAUUAAAGGCAUUUCAGAGAACUUUCUGCAUCCCUGAGGAGUUUUCAUUCUCCUGUAUUGUUUAUAAGCCAUUGAUGAGCAAUGGAAAAUUUAUUAUCAUCGUUGUUACUUUGGUUGCAGAUGCAGAAUGUUAAAUAAAUCAAACUUUCUGAUUGA